UGCUCGGGGUCCUAUGCAUGUUGACUGGAUAGCGUGGUGUGAGGAGUUAAACGCGUGAAUGUCUAGUGAUGGUGUCGACUUUUUAAUUUAGAAUAUAGAUAGAACAUAGACAAGCUGUGAGGUGACUCUCACCAGGGAUCUUCAUGAUGGAUCAGACACAAGAUAGUCCCUCAACAUCCCAGCCUGGUGACAGUGGGUCAUCACUGACAUUUGGUGAACAUCAAGAUGUUGAAGCAUUUUCACAGGCUUCCCUGAGGGAAAUCAUGGCUGUCACCAAGCUGUCAAAUGAAAUACCCUGUGAUGAAACAUUUGCUCUUUACUCCAGUUUUCCAGCAUUUAAGCAGAUUAUGGACAUGGAAGGCAAGAUGUGCUUGGAGCUCAUCCGAAGGGUCUUGAGCAAGUACAAGAUUCAGGGGGCCCUCUCCAGUCGUGACCUGGAUGAGAAGUUUGACCUGAUCGUGGAAGCCAAUGACCAGCUGCUGGAAAAAAUUAACGGUGACCUGGACGAGGCGGCCGGCAUGAAGAAACGGCUGGAUCCGGUGGUGCAGACGGUCAGCGCCAGCACCGACGGUCCGAUUAGCGGCCGCUGGAACGUCACCACUAACCGGACGGUGGCGCGGUCGCCCUCGCAAACAAUCCGCCUCAUGACGGCGAACAACAUCGAGCGGCCGCAGCUGAGCUUCAAGCAGCGCGUCGACAACACGACCGCGGCGUUCGUGCCGAUCAUCACGGAUAAGCCACAUGCGCUGCGGCCGCUGGCCGUGCUGCUCGAGACGGACGACCAGGGCUUGGAGAGCUUCUCGCACCCGUACGAGUUCGAGCUGGAGCGUUUCCAGCCGCCGGAGUGGGCGCUGCGCCCCGCCUCUGAGCCGACGCCGCCGUCGCCGGCCGACCAGGCGCCCGUCACCAUGGUGACGAGUCCGGCCGGCCUCGAGCAGCUGGUGAAGGAGCUCAGCAGGGAGAGCGAGGUCGCCGUCGACCUGGAGCACCACAGCUACCGCAGCUACCUGGGCCUGACGUGCCUCAUCCAGAUUUCGACGCGCACGCGCGACUACAUCGUGGACGCGCUCCAGCUCCGAGGACAGCUGCAGCCGCUCAACGAGGUGUUCGCCAAUCCCAACAUCGUCAAGGUGUUCCACGGCGCCGACUCGGACGUGGAGUGGCUGCAGCGCGACUGCGGUCUGUACCUGGUGCACCUGUUCGACACGCACCAGGCCUGCAAGGUGCUGGCCUUCCCGCGCCUCUCGCUCGCCUACCUGCUGCAGCACUUCUGCAACGUGACCGCCGACAAGCGGUUCCAGCUGGCCGACUGGCGGAUCAGGCCGCUGCCCGAGAACAUGGUGCGCUACGCUCAGGAGGACACGCACUACCUGCUGUACAUCUACGACCGCAUGCGCAACCUCCUGCUGGAGAAGGGCAACGAGCAGAAGAACCUCAUUCGGAGCGUGUACACCAACAGCACGCUCGUCUGUCUGAAGAAGUACCAGAAGCCGGUGGUGCGAGCCGACAGCCACGUGGAGAUGUACCGGCGAAGCAAAAAGUCGUUCAGCAAUAAACAGAUGGCAGCACUGGCGCAGCUCUACAAGUGGCGCGACGAGACUGCCCGCAUCGAGGACGAGAGCACGCAGUACGUGCUGCCGAACCACAUGCUGCUGCAGAUCUCUGAGCUGCUGCCGCGCGAGAUGCAGGGCCUGCUGGCCUGCUGCAGCCCCGUGCCGCCGCUGCUGCGCCAGAACCUGGCCGCCGUGCAUAAGAUGGUGCUGACCGCGCGCAGUCUGCAGCAUGUCAUCGAGACGCGGGCGGACCCGGCCAUCCUGGUGGAGGCGCCGGCCCGGUCACGUGACGAGUGCAACAGCGUGCUGCACAACCGGCACGACACCAGCCACCUGGCGGACGGCGACCGAGUCAACGUCCCCAUGCUGCUGUGUCCGGGGGCUGACGACAGCCUGGACACGUCGGCGGCGGAGGAGGUCCCGACGCCGUCAGCCAGGAUCAAGGAGGCGCCGGAUCUGGACGUGUUCGCGCCGGAGCGAGUGGUGACGUCAUCCGUGGGAGAGGAUUGGAUCAGCCCCUACCGCCGCUACCUGAUGAUGAAGGAGAGCGUUGGUGACGAGAAGGUGGUGCGUCGGAUGGCCGAGCUGACCGAGAUGACGCCGGAGCGCGCGCCGCGGCCGGCGCCGCGGGCCUCGCCGCCGCCGGCGCUCGAGGCCGUGCUGCCCGGCCUAGCGGACCAGUCGUCAGUCAAGGUGGCCCUGGACCAGCCGGAGCCGAAGGCGCCGCAGACGCUGCGUGUCUCGCGGAAGGACACCAUUCGGGAGGCGAAGAAGGGCCGUAAGGCGCACAAGCGGAAGCGGGACGCGGACGGCGCGGAGGUGGCGCCGCCCACCAUCCCGUUGGCCGAGCCGGGCCCGCCGGCGGCGCAACGGCCGCGCCCCGCCGGCCAGUGGACCAAAGAGCCGGCGCCGCCGCCGCCAGACCCAUUCGACUACUCGAGCGUAGACUACAGCACGUUCGGCCGGCCGGCCAGCACGGCGCGCGCCGACAAACGG